UGGCGGGGCUACGAUGACCCCCGGGAAGUCGGCAAGGUGGCGCGGGGGCCCGGCGGUGAGACCCUCUCGUUGGCCUACUGGCCCGAGUGCUCGGACACGGAGGUGCCGCCAUUGGAUUUGGGCUGGACCGACAAGACCUUCUACCGGGGCAUCAGCCGGGUGGCCCUCUUCACACACCCCCGCAAGGAGGAGAAUGCACCCCACGUGAAGGAGGUAGUGCGGGAGAUGAUCCAGCAGGCACAGAAGAUUAUUGCAGUGGUCAUGGAUAUAUUUACAGACCGGGACAUCUUCCGCGAUAUUGUCGAUGCAGCGUAUAAGCGCUGGAUCCCCGUCUAUAUAAUCCUAGAUGAGGAGGGUGUGAAGCUGUUCCUGGAAAUGUGCAGAUGCCUUGACCUCAGUGACUUGCAGAUCCGGAAUAUCCGCAUACGUUCUGUGACAGGAGUUGGGUUCUACAUGCCAGCAGGGAAGAUCAGAGGCACAUUGGCAUCCCGAUUCCUGAUGGUGGAUGGUGAAAAGGUGGCCACUGGAUCAUACAGCUUCACAUGGAGUUCAUCCCACAUUGACAGAAACAUCCUGCUAGUCUUGACAGGACAGCACGUGGAGAUGUUUGACGUUGAGUUUCGUGAACUCUACGCCAUCUCAGAGGAAGUUAAUUUCUACAAGGAGCUGGGUAUUGCUAACCCAUUCCUUCUCGGAAUUGGGAAGCCAGGCCUUCAUUCCUCCACUGUGGCUCGGAAGUUCAUUAAUCCCAAGUAUGGUUUAGUGGCAGGAGGAACCCGUGGUGAUAUGCUGCUCUGGGCUUCACGACAUAGGCAGGAUAAUCAGGGGAACAUGGAAAAGGAGGAAACAAGUGAGUCAAAGAAACGGUUAAAUCAGUUUCUGAAUGACUUAGUCACAUUGGAGCAAGAAUUCCCAGAAAUUGAUCCACCUCUGGAGAACUUGAACAAGCUGAAUCGGAGCCCUCAGAAACUGUUCUCCCGGCUCCAGAUGGACCUGAAAAAUAAAUCCAAAUCCAGAGAAUCUAUUCGCGAUGCAAAGAAAGAAGAAGCACAGGCAAAUUCAAAGCAAGGAAAACGGUUUGCCAGUGGGCUUUUCAGUCGCAAGGCCAAACGGUCUCCAGGCUCAAGCAUUGAGGCCAAUUCUUUUGCCAGUGAAGGACAUUCAGGAGAAGACCUUGGGAACAUGAAACUGGAAUAUGAGCGGCUCAGCAUUGGCCAUGCCAGCGUUCGGAGCACUGGGGGCAACUCAGGUAACCCGGGUCCAAACUCCACUACGAGCGAUAAAAACAAACCAUCUGCCUGUGUGUUAUCUUGA